ACAGCACGCCAAAAAACUUCGCUGCACAUCACUUAAAAUGUGGAAAGCUACUCUGUUUUCGCUUGCCGCUCUGCUAAGCAUCGUUCACGGCUAUCACCCGUCCAACCCGAGGCUGGGUGUAGCAUCGUGGGACCGAAUGCUAUCGAAGAUAAUGGUGAGCGGUACCAACAAAGGAACAUGUGGAGAUCAUUGCUUCGUAACUCUGAAUGGAGAGACGAAGGUUUUUCCAAUCGACGUCAGCGUCGUUUUUACGAGCAAACCCUGCACUUCGUUCAUAUGCACGAAAGAUGUUGUACAAGAGAUACAGAUUACCUGCCCAAAGGUUGACUGCAACGGAGCUAUACCAUACAGAGACCCAAACUCUUGCUGCAAUCGAUGCCCCGGAGGACCGGAUAUUGAGGUGGAGUUUGAGGAGUGGAUGGAGUGGACUGAGUGCAGUACAACAUGCGGGGCUGGUUCAAGAGCCAGGAGAAGGACAUGCAAGAUCACUGAUCAAGAUACCGUGGCAGAAUGCUCUGGGCGUUUACUUGAGACAGAAUCUUGCACUCUAGGCCCUUGUCCAGUUGAUUGUGAGUGGAAGUAUGGGGAGUUUGAGACGUGCAGUAGAUCUUGUGGAGCUGGACAGAUGAGCCGAUUCCCCAUUAUUACACAGCACCCAAUGAAUGGUGGAGAGCCGUGCCCACCAUUUGUUGUGUCUGGACAACCUGAUGUGCAACCUUGCAAUCUUCGCGAAUGUCCUGUGGACUGUGAUUGGGAGUACGAACAGUUUGGACAGUGCAGUGUAAGCUGUGGAAAUGGAAUAAAGCGUCAGUUCCCAGUCAUCACUAUACAACCAAAACAUGGUGGCGCACCAUGUCCAGACAGUGUGAUAGAUAGGGUGCCUAACAUCGAACCAUGCGAUGCUGGUCCAUGUCCUGAGGAUUGCGAAUGGGAGUAUGAAGAAUUUGGAGAUUGCAGUGUCACUUGUGGGGGCGGAAUAAAACACCAGUUCCCACUUAUCAUACGACAGGCAACAAAUGGUGGAGUGGACUGUCCAGCUUUCGUCCACAGAGGCGAUCCAAAUACCAUGAACUGCAACACUCAACCUUGCCCAGUUGACUGUGAAUGGGAGUAUGAACAAUUUGGAGAGUGCAGCAAAAGUUGUGGGGAGGGGAUAAAGACGAGAUACCCAAGAAUCACAGUUCAACCUCAGCAUGGUGGGCAAGAUUGCCCGCUCUUUGUUCAAAACCAGGAACCCGACACAACGACCUGCAAUAACAGUCCCUGCCCAGGUUUGAACCAAAUGUAUAGCGCAUGUGAUACUGUCAAGACUUACAAAAGUCUUCUGAGGCAUGUUCUGCUCACUUUGUGCUCUAAGACAUAUUCUUGGGUUUGGUGUGAUCGCAGUACACACUCAUCAACCUUGAUUAUGUCUUAUAAUUAUUCUUUGCAGUGCAUUGUGAGUGGAAGUAUGGUGAAUAUGGGGAGUGCAGCAAGACAUGUGGCGGAGGCACUAAGACACGAUUCCCAGUGAUCAUCACGCAACCACAACAUGGAGGGAGGGCGUGUCCAGCACAUGUGAUAGACGGGGAGCCUGAUUCAACCAGCUGCAACCCUCUGGAGUGCCCAAGUGAGUCGGAGCCUUACAACACGCUAUAUAUACAUGUAUACCUUUACUUGUCACUAUCUCCAGUCGUAUGUGGUCCUGGUCAGACUGGUUGUCCAAAUGAAGCAGGAGAACUGGUGUGCAUUGAUGACAAAGAUGGAGAUUGCAUUCCUGAUACUCAGGUGAUUAUUCUCCACAACUUUAAUAAUACGCUAGGUAGCUGCACAAACAUUAAUAUCUGGGGGCAGGGAAAAAUAACGAAGUGAGAUGUAUAUAUACUACUGGUUAUGAUAUUAUUCAGGACAAUUGUGAAGAAGUGUUUAACCCUGAUCAAAGUGACAUGGAUCGCGAUGGUGUGGGUGGUGCUUGUGAUAACUGUCUCCAGUUAUAUAACCCUGAUCAAACGAACUCCGACAAUGAUGAGACUGGUAAUGAGUGUGAUCCAGACGAUGACAAUGACGGCAUUGUUGACCAGUACGAUAACUGCCAAACUGUUGUCAAUCGUGAUCAAAAGGAUAGUGAUCGAGAUAGGUUUGGAGAUGCCUGUGACAACUGCAAGAGUAGAUCAAAUGCAAACCAGGCUGACUUUGAUGGAGAUCGCGUGGGGAAUGCAUGCGACAACUGCCGCUUCUACCCUAAUCCCAACCAGCUGAGCAGUGACCCAAGUACGUAUGGAAGCUUAUGUACAACAAGGCCUUCCAAUGUCGACAUGAUGGGCAUGGAAGAUGAAAAUGAGGAUAUGGACAAGAAAAACAUGGCGGCCCAGAUAAUGGAGAAGCUGCUGGAAAUGUACUACAGCAGCUAAACAGUUGACUAACAGUCACUUCAUUUGACAUUUGACCAAGUAGAGCUGUUUGAGGAGUGCUAGUUGUAGCUAUUUCCCAUUGUUGCAUUCUUCAUUCUUGGACCAAUUUGCUACGC